AUGGAUCCAAACAUCCAGGGAUCUUUCCUGUUCAACAACAACCUGAACCAGUUCCCCUCGGACCUGAAGGCGCCAAUGUGCCAGUACUCGGUGCCCAACUCCUUCUACAAGCUCACCCCGGGCCUCAACAGCCAGCUGCAGCCGGGAACGCCGCACGGCAUCAGCGACAUCUUGAGCCGCUCCAUGGUCGGAGUGGGCUCCAACGGGACCACCACCCUCCUCUCUGGAUACUCCGCCAUGGGGGGGUUCGGCCCCUCUGUGACCAGCGCGUCCAUGUAUUAUAACCGAGACUACAGCUCCCCGCUGGGCGGCUUCUCCAAGCCCGGCGCCGAGUGCCCGAUGAAGGCUCGCAGCGUGAGCUGCUGGGCAGAGAGCAGCUGUGACUGGAGAGCAGGGAGGCAGCAUUGCACCAACAACACUGGUCCUCUUGGAGAAAUGCCCGGCAGAAAGAAACACACCAGACCAACAUUUAGUGGACAUCAGAUAUUUGCUCUGGAGAAGACCUUCGAGCAGACAAAGUACUUGGCUGGACCAGAGAGAGCAAGACUGGCUUACUCUCUGGGAAUGACUGAAUCCCAAGUUAAGGUUUGGUUCCAGAACCGCCGCACCAAGUGGAGGAAGAAGAGCGCCACGGAGCCCAGCUCCACGCAGGCCGGCCACGCCGGGCAGGGCGGCGAGGCCUCGGAGCACGAGGUGGAGGACGAGGAGUACAACAAGCCUCUGGACCCGGACUCUGACGACGACAAGAUCCGCCUGCUGCUGCGGAAGCACCGCAGGGCCUUCUCCGUGCUGCGCCUCGGGCCUCACCCCGUCUGA